AUGGUGGCCCGCAAAGGGGUUUCCAAGAAGAAUGGUGGCAGCACGCGCAGCCGUGCCGGUCGUUAUGGCGCCUGGCGUCUGGGCGGGGUGCUGCUGGGAGUUCUCGGCAUUAUUGUUGCGGCAUAUCUCCUGCGCAGUGGGGAUAGCAGCAUCCCGCACGCGGCAAUAGUGAACGACACCCGAAUCCUCACGUCUGCGUUGCGGCACGCGGAGGCGGAGGCGAAUGUGGCCGCUCUCCAUCGACUAGCCGACUGCACACUGCGGGUGGGGAUGGUCUUGGAGGGGGUGCUGGCGAAUACCAGCGACAACGAUGCAAUGCACACAAAUAUUGUGCAUGCGGUAAAGGUGUACAGAUCCGCCACAGCGUUUGGGCUUGAGAAGCUCCUUCCGGUUCUGCUGGAGGCGCAAGGCGGGGACGCUGCUCCGCUGCAGGAUUAUCGUCACGAGCCGAAGCUGCUGUGGCGGUGGAUUGCCGUGGCCUCUCACGCCCUUACGGCUGUCCUGCCGGAGUAUUUCCUCGCAGCGGAUGACACUGACACCCACAGCGAAGCGCUGGCGACAGGACUGCACGUCUUGUUGCAGGUGUCGAACGCUCCUUCUUCUGUACUGCCGGCAGGGCAGGGGCCCCUCCUCGAUUGCGCAGACCACGAAGCCGCUAGCCAUAAGAUGGACAAGAAACAAGUAGACCGUUGGUUGAAGUUUUGCAGGAGCAGUUUUACAAGCCUCGAUAGCAUAGAGGUGCGGCGGGCGGCAAUUCUCGAGGAACUCAUUGCCCUCCACUCCGACUACGCCCCAUUGCGACUCCACUACGCCGUUGCACUCGCGUUGAGCCGCCAUGCAGCAAAAGCGGACGUCGCUAUUGGGCUGAUUCAGCGGGAACGAGAGAGGUUGAAUACCCGCACACACCUUGACCCCCUUCACCGGGUUAUGUUGCUGUUGUGUGAGGCGUUCCUUGCCCCCACGGCGGCGGUGCAGGUGGAGGUGGUGAAUGCGCUGGCACAGAUCGAUAACUGCGCCCAACUCCUGCGACCGUUUCACGCCGACACGAGUGGUUGGCGGCGCCGUUUCCGUGGGCAAGAGCGGCCAGAUGUGAUGGACCAUCGGCAGGCGAAGCGGCUGCUGCGCGCCAUGAGGGUGCUGUUGGCAAAGGAUGAGGAGUCACUUCCUGCGGGUCUUGUGGCGUGCGGCGACAUGAGCUGA